UGCAAGACCAACACGUUCUCAAGUGUGACAUCAAAGAAAACUUCCGAGGACAGAUACUAUAGAUAAAACAAAAUGGCUGAAUCUCACAGAUUGUACGUCAAGGGUAAGCACGUCUCAUAUCAAAGAUCCAAGAAUGUCACCAACCCAAACACUUCUUUGAUCAAGAUUGAAGGUGUUGCCGGUAAGGAUGACGCUAAGUUCUACUUGGGUAAGAGAAUCGCAUACGUCUACAAGGCUUCCAAGGAAGUCAGAGGUUCAAAGAUCAGAUGUAUCUGGGGUAAGGUCACCAGAGUUCACGGUAACAACGGUUUAGUGAGAGCUCAAUUCAAGAACAACUUGCCAGCUAAGACUUUCGGUGCUUCCGUCAGAAUUAUGCUCUACCCAUCUAACAUCUAAACCUCAUCAAUAAUAUCUCUUCUAUAAAUAAAUACUUCAAAAAUUUAUAAGUCUAAUGUGAUAUGUAAACUAUCCACAUAGUUAAUUUAGCUGUAAUACUUUUCAU